GCAACACGCCUGAUAUGGACAGUGAUGGUGCAGAGAUGGCAGGAACAGUGUAAUAGAGAUACGAAGGGGAGGCAUUUAUUUCAAGUAAAGAGGCAAGUCAGGGAGGGGAGGACGCACAUUUAUAAUUCUAACAGCUUUUUUGUUGGCAGAGUAUUUAAAUGUCUUAAAAUAUAGUUCAAUUUAUUUUUGCAAGGGAAGAAGAAUAACCAAGCAAGAACCGUGGUCAGACUAAUGGAAGGCGUGUCUUGUCACGGCAGACGAAUCGGGUGGUCAGGAUGGGGGAGCGGCCUGUUGUUACCCCCUCAGCUGGGAUCACUCCAGUGCAGCAGAUGCUGGCCUCUGGCACUGGGGCGCUGCUCACAUCAGUGUUCGUCACACCACUGGACGUUGUGAAGAUAAGGCUGCAGGCCCAGCAAACACCAUUCUAUCAAGCUUUAGCUGCUGACUCUGCUUCAUGGAGUGGUGUAAUCCGCCCCUCCAAAUGGAAGUGCUUCCUGUAUUGUAAUGGCCUGAUGGAUCACAUCUAUGUGUGUCAGUAUGGGGCCAGCUGCACCAGCUGGUACAAAACACCAACCCACUUCAGUGGCACCCUGGAUGCUUUUGUGAAGAUCACGCGCAACGAGGGGGUCAGGUCUCUGUGGAGCGGGCUGCCUCCCACACUGGUGAUGGCGGUGCCUGCCACGGUCAUCUACUUCACCUGCUAUGACCAGCUCAGAGACUUACUGCGCUACGGCAUGGGGUUCCAAGGCAACUACAUCCCCCUGGUGGCUGGGGGUCUCGCUAGACUGGGAGCAGUGAGUGUGAUCAGCCCAUUAGAGCUGGUGCGUACCAAGAUGCAGUCCCGGAAGCUGACCUACAGCGAGCUGAGGGUGUGUAUCCGCUCUAGUGUUGCCCAGGAUGGCUGGCUGUCCCUGUGGAGGGGUUGGGGACCCACCGUCCUACGAGACGUCCCCUUCUCAGCCCUGUACUGGUUCAACUAUGAGCUGGUGAAGGCCCAGCUGUGUGAUCAGUACAAUGUGUCUCAGGCCACCUUCUCCAUCAGCUUCACAGCAGGGGCCAUCUCUGGAGCUGUUGCUGCCAUCAUGACUCUACCUUUUGACGUGGUGAAGACACGAAGACAGAUCCAACUGGGAGAGAUGGAGACACUGGGAGUCCCUGUGAAGAAUCCCACAUCCACAUGGCAUAUCAUGAGGGGAAUUUGGGCUGAAUCGGGAUACAGGGGGCUCUUUGCAGGUUUCCUACCCAGGGUGAUCAAAGUUGCCCCAGCCUGUGCUGUCAUGAUCAGCACCUAUGAGUUUGGGAAGAUCUUCUUCCAGAAGAUGAACCUUGACCGGGAGCAACAGGCCUGCUGAGGGGCUGUGUGUGUGGAGAAGCAGGGUUGGCUACCUUCUUCUGUGGCAGAAUGGGAAGAGACUAUUAGCAGCAGCCAAUGCACAGGCUUUUUUGUCUGUUUUCUAGCCCUUUCUAUUGGCCCACAGGGAGGCUACUCCUACAACUGUGAAUACUGUCAUAAGUGUAUCCAUGAAUGUGUCCAUUAGUUAAAUUCAGAACUGUGGGGUAACGGCCCUGUGACCUAAGGCUUAUUCAGACAUUAGCAUGCUUUCCUUGCACGCUAAAAGUGUUCAUCUUUGCUAGUACAGCCCCCUGCUGUUCAUACCUGGGAGAACACUUCUAACAACAACCCUAAAAAAACUGCAUGCAAAGUAAUCCAUUCAAUCAAGACCUUCCCUUCAACUACUAGCCCAGACCAAAUGCAUGGCUGAGCUGAGAUGAGUGGAUAUUCUUAAUGUAGCAUUCUCUCAUAUUGAUUUGUCAUCUGACCAAUGGUAGCCUACUAUUCAAUGUCCAUUUUUGUGAUGGGAAUAAAUACCAUGUAGGUGGGUUACCAUGGCUCAUUCCCCUAGGAUGAGAACUGGGUUUUAUGAGUUAAUUUGGUACAUGUUAUUCAAUCAAAUGAAAUACUUCAGACAAAACAGCUGGCAAAUUGACUAUGCUAUCUAAAAGGGGUUGACAUACUUUUUAUUUACAUUUUUACAUGAUUGAAUGUGUGCAGGUUUUCUGUUGAUCCAUUUCAGACCUGGGCUGAGUCAAUAUAGUUUUUUUGAAGAACGUUCAUUAGAUUUUUUUUCAGCAUUUCAGAAAGAUCUGGAGUUCUACUAACUAGGCUACUGGACUGAACUGAGUUGUUGCCUUGAUCUUCAAUUUGUGUGUUUAUUAUUUCUUGUGUACUUUACAUGGAUGUAUAGAAUGUUUUAUAUGCUCUGACUGGUUUUACUGUUUUAAAAUUAUUAUUUUUCACCUUUAUUUAACCAGGUAGGCUAGUUGAGAACAAGUUGAGAUGGACAGUUGUAAAAUAAAGAAGGUGUUGCACCAAUCACAAGA